UUACAGGGGUGAUAACAACAAGAUGUCCCUUUACAAGAAACUGAGGAGCAUCUUGGACUAUCUGCUAGGUCUUCUGGUCUCUAUAUUCUCUCUCAUCAUCAAUGGGGACCGACCCAAAGCCAGGAUCCCGGCCAUCAGGAACCCUCUUCUCCUGGAGAGUGCUACAAGCCUUGCCCGUAAGAUUAGGACCAGAGAGGUAACUUGUACGGAGGUCGUGGAGGCCUACAUUGCACGGAUCAAGGAGGUCAACGACCUCCUCAAUGCGAUGGUUGUGGAGCGAUUCAAUGACGCCCUCUCAGAAGCGGAGAAGGUCGAUAGGAUGUUGCAGUCUGGGGAUGUUCCUGAGAGAUACUCUGAGAAGAAUGCCCCAUUCCUUGGUGUUCCUGUGUCCGUGAAGGAAGCAUUUGAAGUGACAGGUAUGCCAAACACCAGUGGCCUUGUUAACAGGAAAGGGGUGACGGCACCACGUGAUGCCCCGCCCGUCGCCAACAUGAAGCGGGCGGGGUGCAUCGUACUGGGACUGACCAAUUGCAGUGAGCUGUGUAUGUGGUACGAGUCUGCUAACUACGUCUACGGGAGGACAAGUAAUCCUUAUGAUAUCAGGCGGAUGGUCGGGGGCAGUUCUGGAGGAGAAGGCUCAAUCAUUGGUGCUGGAGGCUCAGUCAUGGGUAUCGGAGCUGACAUAGGGGGCAGUAUUCGCAUGCCGGCAUUCUUCAAUGGCAUUUUCGGUCACAAGCCCAGCUGUGGUGUGGUCACCAACGAUGGUCAGUACCCGACUGUCCAGACAGCCAAGGGCAACGAACUAAUGGUUACUGGACCUUUGUGCCGAUUCUCUGUGGACCUCGUCCCUCUUCUCAAGGUCAUGGCUGGGCCACAUGGCUGCGCCAAACUGCGAUUGGACGAGCACGUUGACCUUCGAAGGCUGCGUUAUUUCAGCAUGGGAACGGACGAUCGGAAGAUGCUUGCCUCUGGUUUAGAUCCAGAGCUCAGAGCUGCCCAGCUCAGGGCAGCCAAGUACCUUGAAGAGAAACUGGACAUUCAAGUUACCCAAAGAACCAACCGUCGAUUCUUCUACUCCAUGGGUAUGUGGACGGCGAUGAUGACCGCUUCGGAUGAGGAGAGUUUCACCAGUCAGAUGGGUGACCAUGGAGCUCCGGUCACCCCCGUUAUUGAGCUGGUCAAACGCUGCUUUGGUCAGUCGACCCACACUGUUCCAGCAAUCCUUCUCGGUCUGAUUGAGAAUAUUGACCGUCUCAUGCCAGGUAACAUGGAGAAACUUCUCAAGGCUUGCCAGAAACUACGCAACGAGAUCUCCACCAUGCUGGGCGAUGACGGCGUCCUCCUCUACCCUACCCACCCCAAGAUGGCGCUCUACCACAACGCCCCCAUCCUCUACCCGUUCAAUGUAGCCUACACGGCAAUCUUCAACGCCCUUGGCUUUCCGGUGACGCAGGUCCCACUAGGACUCAGUACCAAUGGGCUACCGCUUGGUGUCCAGGUGGUCGGCAAUAAGUAUUGUGAUCACCUGACCCUUGCCGUUGCAAGGGAACUAGAGAGAGGACUCGGAGGAUGGACCUCUCCUAUUGGUGUUUCUCACUUACAUGGUAAGACAUUGGAAUGAUGGUAUUUGUCAGUUAUUCACAUGGUAAAAAUUACCACACUAAUUGUAUCUCUUGUGUUGCUCAAUCACAUGGUGAAGUCAUUGUAAGAUGUUGAUAUAUUUUUAGUUAAAUUAUAUUAUUGUAUUUUCAUAUUUAUAUUAUAAUCUUUGUAUGAUUGUUUGUCUUAUGGUUAUGUGCUUGAAGAUUAGGAUAAAAUGCAUCCCUGAAUUAUUCGCUUAGUUACAAGAAUAAUGACUUGUAUAAUGAAAUUAUACAUGUAUAACAUUAGAUUAUUUAUUUGAAUAAUGAAUUAUCAUAACAAUAUUUAUCAUCGACUGCAAAGUCAAAAUGGUAUUCAUCAUUAAUAUGGUGAUUUUUUUCUCAAUAUUAUUGUUAAUUCCCAUGGAAAUUCAAUAGCACACAAGCAUAUGUUAUAAAGUCAGGGUGAACAUUCAAUAACAGUAUUACCUCCAUGUAGUCACAUUUGUGGUGAAGCUAUGAUGGCAAAAGACAAAGUUUGAAGGAGAAUUUGUUGCGAUCUACCACUAUUGUAUUGCUGCUAAGGAAAAUCUUUCUUCCCCAUCUAAUAGUAUUUAUCUGCAGUAUUUUGGAUCCGUAAGUUUAAAAAGUACUAAGAUUAAUGAUAUUCUAUGACAAUUUUUCAAAAUAUAUAUAAAAAAGCUUUUAAAAACCCCAAACAUAUUGGAUUAUUUGACACAACCAUACAAUUACAAUACAUUAUGAGUUUCGUUCAGAACUGCAGUUACAGUGAUAACCAAAGAUUUUGUGUAAGAUUUGGAUUAUCUGUCUUAAUGGGUGUAGGGAGGGAGGGGGAGGGUUCGAGGAUUAAAAGCAGAAGUUAAUGAAUUUCUCAGCCAGGGGUGUGUGGUCGAUACUCUGGCUUCUUUUGAAUUGAUGUAUGUCUCUCUUACAUUCCAUAUUUGGAGUUUGCAGAGCAGCGUUGUGUCAC